UCGUUAAAAAAAUCAGCCGCUUGAAAGAACCAAGGCAUUGACCUCAGGAAUAUACGAAUUCUAUAAAUAGAAUCAAUGAAUUGAAGCCAUAUAUAUUCGAUUCACAAAUUAAUUCAUUCGAUCGAUCUGAGCUGUAAGGAAAUGGACGAAAACCAGCGACGAGCAGUGGCGGAAAUGAGGGAAUCUGUCCGAACACAGCUCGGUUCUUCUUCAACUCAGGAAUUUGGGGAUCUGACAUUGAUGCGAUUUUUGAUAGCGAGAUCGAUGAACAUCGAGAAAGCAGCAAAGAUGUUUGUCGAAUGGCAGACAUGGCGGUCUUCGUUCGUACCUCUUGGGAACAUUCUGGUGUCUGAAAUUAAGGAUGAAUUAGGCUCCGAGAAACUGUAUCUCCAGGGGCCUUCACGCAAGUCAGGCCACCCGCUGAUAAUCGUCAAAACCCACAGGCAUUUCGUUUCCAAGGAUCACCUUCAGUUCAAGAAAUUCGUGGUUUACAUACUCGACAAAAGCAUCGCAAGUGGCUUUAAAGGCAAAGAGAUGGGAAACGAGAAAAUAGUUUGUAUUCUUGAUCUCGACAAGCUUUCCUACAAGAAUGUCGAUGUUCGUGGGAUGAUCACCGGAUUUCAAUUCUUGCAAGGGUAUUAUCCGGAGCGUUUAGCCAAGUGUUACAUUUUGAACAUGCCGUGGUUUUUCGUUAGCGUUUGGAGAUUAGUUUCACGGUUUCUCGACAAAGCCACCUUACAGAAGAUUGUGAUUGUGAGGAAUGAAGAUGAGAGACGAGAGUUUGUUGAGGAAAUUGGAGAAGAAGUAUUGCCGGAAGAAUAUGGUGGACGAGCCAAAUUGGUGCUUCUUCAAGACUACGCCUUACCAUCAUUGGAUGGUUGACGGGGAUCUUCAAUUGUGUCCGUAGAUUUUAUGUUUGCUAGAUUAUGUGUAGUGGUCGAUGCUAAGACAACACGUUUCACUUGUCUUAAAUCCACAUGUUUGCUCGCUAGAAUAAACCAAUUCGAUUGUUUGAAUUAAAAGUUCGAAGAUCGAUCUCAAGAAAGCUUAUGAUAACUAAUGUCCAUGCCGGCCUUGUGAAUUUCCUGUAUCGUUUAGAAGAUGAGUUUGGUUUUUAGUUUCUUUAAAACGAUCGUGAAUUGCAUCCCUACUUCUUCACUUGCGAUCCUUUGAAAUGAAUUGGGUCUUCGAUUGUUUACUCCAAAAAAAAAAAAAAAAAAGAACAAAAGAA